AUGAAAAUUAGUGACAUCGCCAAGGACAUCUUGAUAACAGAAGAUAAUUAUGCAAUUCUAAUCACAAUUCAAUUUACUGGUGUAGCAUUUGGAAAAUUUUUUAUGUCAGCUUUCGUUGAUGUUUUGUCACCUAGUAAAUUUUUAUUCUUUUCUGUUAUUACAGUUAGUGGAUGUUUGAUUGGUUUCACAAUUCAAAAAACAUUUUAUGGAUUUGGUAUUAUUUUAUUUAUUCUUAGUUUUAUUCAAGCUGGAGGAUGGGGUAUUUCAUCAAAAUUGUGCAAAAUUUAUUUUAACGGGAAAUUAUUGUCAAUACUUUUGGGUAUUUUGAUAAAUGCUCACAAUAUUUGUGGGAUAUUUUAUGUUUAUGAUCAUGAUGGUCAAUGGAAAUAUAGAUGUUAUGGGGCUGCUUUAGUUGGUGUUUCCCUUGCCUUUGCGGCCGUCCUAAUGUUCAUAGAAAAUGAUAAUUAUAUAAGUGAUAAGAAGAAAAAUAAUGUUUCUUUUAGAUUACGUGAUAUUACUGAUAACCAACUUAUUCUUAAUAUAUCGCUAGGAUAUUUUUUUGUUCUUCAAUGUCGUAGUUUAACAGAAACGCGGAUGCAGAAAUAUUUAACGAGAUUUGAAAAUUUAGAUAUUUCUGAACUUAAUUUAAAUUAUGAUAUUGGUGGAAUUCUUGGUGGUGCUGUGUCUGGUUACCUGGCUUCAAAAAGUGACUUUGAUUUUCUUCGUGAAUUGUGUAUUGUUCUAGCUAUGAUUGGAUCAGGAAGUUAUUAUAUGGUUGAAAAGCCUUUUUCUUUUAUUUUUGGUGUUGUUGGGUUUUCGAUAGCUGCGGCAAUGAAUUUUAUGGAAACAGUUACAGUUAGAAAUGUUCCAAUUCAUAUAAUUGGUAAAUCUACAGCAUUCAUUUCAACAGUUGCUAACAUUGGAUCAAUAACAGUUGGUUUACCUUUUGAAAUAUUGAUAAAAAAUAGCUCAUUAGCUAUUGUACCACAACUUUUUAUAAUAGAAGUAAUAUUUUAUGUUAGUUUUAAAUUUCUUCAAUACAGUAGAGAUAAAGGAAUUAAAAAAAGAAUAAAAGAAGUUAGAAGUGAGGGUGUUAAACAAUUUCAGGAUGAAAUUAUUAACGAGGAUCAAAAACAAAAAGAUAUAAAAAAGGAAAAUAAAAAAGUUAACCCAUCAAGUAGAGUUGGUAAAAGAAAGAAAAAAUAA